AUGUCAUUUGUCAGAUUCAUCAGGUCGUUCUCGUCGGCACCCAGCUUGAGGUCCGCCCACGCGUCCAACCCUCGUAAGACCCUCCUCGACAUCGCCAGCAGGUACAACCAGAACCAGGCCAUUUCCAUGGUCACUGCCCACGACUUCAUCACCGGCAGAAUGCUCGAGAAAGCCAACAUCGACAUCGCGCUCGUGGGCGACUCGUUGGCCAUGACCACCUUGGGCUACAAGGACACCAACGAGCUUCCGUUCGAGGAGUUUCUUUACCACGUCCGCUCGGUGGCACGCGGUAACGCCACCUCGUUUUUGGUGGCUGAUUUGCCGUUUGGGACCUUCGAGCGCCUGACCGAUCAGGCAGUCGAUACUUGUGUCCGUUUGGUCAAGGAAGGAGGCGUCCAGGGCAUCAAGGUGGAGGGUGGAAACCCCGAGAUCCUUCCCACCAUCAGGAAGUUGAACAGCAUGGGCAUUCCCAUCAUGGGUCACGUUGGCUUGACCCCCCAGAGACACAACUCCUUGGGUGGCUUUAAGCUCCAGGGCAACAGUGUUGAGACAGCUGCCCAAAUCUACCGUGAGGUUCGCGCCUUGCAAGAGGCUGGCGUGUUUGCGAUUGUGUUGGAGUGCAUUCCCAACCGUUUGGCUGAGUUCAUCACCGCCAACAUCCAGGUGCCUACCAUCGGAAUAGGUGCUGGUCCUGGGGUCUCGGGACAGGUGUUGGUGAUCGCAGACAUGUUGGGGAUGUGCGACCCUGACGACUCGCACAUGGCCAAGUUUGUCAAGGGAUACGACGGCUUCUUCAAGCGAGGAGUGGAGGGGUUGAAAACCUACAAAAGCGACUUGGAAGAGAAGAAAUUUCCCACCGAGGAGCACGGCUACAAAAUCAAAAAGGGAAUCAUGGACGAGUUGAGAAAGCUCAACUUGUAA